AUGGGAAAGCGGGGUUGUGAGUCAGCGCAGAGGGAGGAUGGCGUGCUCGGUCAAGGAGACCAGGUCGGGGAGAGCGUGAAGGAGGCGGCGCGGGCGGGCGGGCGAAGGGUCAGCGACCCUGGCGGAGCCGCCGGGUCCGCCACCGCAGACGCAGACGCCUUCGCCGGCCCGCCGGCAUUCCUUAUCACGGCGCUAUCGAAAGACAGAGUUCCGUGCUUUCUUCGAACACCUACGAAGGGCAUAGAACAGCGGCCGCGACCCAGACCACCACCGCCACAACCAGCCGCAGUCGCGCCGCAGUCGCUCCGCAGCCGGUGCAAGGAAGAGACGCAAGGCCAAGGGCGCGGAGAGGAGGCCGACGGUCGUGUAGCGAACCCGCGAGGCGGAAGGCAGGCAGGCAGCCAGCCAGGCAGCCAACCAGCCCGUCAGUCGGACGUCGGCACGGAACGGCACGGCACGGCGCGGCGCGGAGCGACGAAGCCAGCCAGCACGCUCCCUGAAGCGAGCCGACAGCCCCUCCGAGAGUCCUUCGCUCGCGAGCUCUCAGUCAACGCACCGCGCGCAGCUCAGCUGGCCGCCUACAGCCCCCGCGGAGCAGCAACGGAGGCAGCAGCAGCGGCGGCACCGGCGCGCCGCUCCAAGGACCAACAGAGUACCGCAGGGACCACCCCCAGCCCCACCCCCGGCCGCAGCAUGCGCCUGAGCUCGACCUCCCGCGGCGGCGGCGCGCGCCCGCCCCCGGCCUGGCUGCUGCUUGCCCUGCUGGCCCUGUGCGGCGCAGCGGGGCUGGCCCGCGCCGCCGACGCCGCCGACGGCGCCGCCGCCUCCGACGAGACGCCCUCCGCCGAGGCCGACGACUUCUCGUCAACGGGCGAGGGCGCGGGCGGCGUGAGCCUCGAGGACUGCGACCCGGACAUGAUCGGCUUCGAGCUCGUCACCGGCUUCGUCUACUCGGCACCGGGCGACCAGCUCGACUCGCUGCCGGGCACGCUCAUGCUCACCGACUGCCUCGAGGCCUGCCAGGCCAACGACACGUGCCAGUCGGUCAACUACGAGACCGGCCUGUGCGUGCUCUUCAGCUCGCACGCCGACAGCUACCCAGAUUAUGACGACUUUCUCCCUCAUGAUUUUUCUUCGUCACAUCCAUCACUUCAUCGACUUCCGACCAUCACCUUCUUAUCUUCUUUCUCCCAAACACCAUCUGCCACAUUUUUUCCACUCUUUUUGUUUUUCUCGUUCUUCCUUAUCCAUCUCCACCACCUCAACAUCUUUCAACUCGUGAAGAACCACACGCCUUGUGCGCUGACGCGUUCGCAGUUCCCAGUGUUCACCAUCUACGCGCAGAAGAGCUGCCUGGGCGUGAAGCCGUGCGAGCGCGCCUGGUGCUUCGAUCGCGUGCAAGGCUACCGCCUCAAGGACUACUCCAAGAAGUCCAUCAACACGGGCGCGCGCCAGGAGUGCCUCGAGCUGUGCCUGGGCGAGCGCGACUUCCCCUGCAGGUCUGCCAACUACAACAACGUGACUGGCGACUGCGAGCUGUCCGACAUGGACCGCCUGACGGUGGCUGGAUCGGGCGCGUUCGAGGCCGCUCCGGAGUACGACUACCUCGAAAACAACUGCGUGGAGGAGCCCGUGAAGCUGUGCGAGUUCAAGAAGCUGCCCGGCCGCAUUCUGAAGACGGUGGACUCCGUGUACCAAGACGUUGGUAGCGCCGACGACUGCCGCGAGCUCUGCCUCACUUCUCCGUACCGCUGCCACUCCUACGACUACAACGACACCGGCGAUCUCGUGUGCCGCCUCAGCCACCACUCUCGCGCCACCCUCGUCGACAUUCAAGAGCCGUACCUCGACGUGCCCGAAGCGUCCACCUACGAGCUGAGCUCCUGCUACAACGUGACGAUCGACUGCCAGUCGGGCGGCAUGGUGGCGCGCAUCAAGACGAGCAAGCUGUUCAACGGCAAGAUCUACGCCAAGGGCAGCCCCAACUCGUGCGUGAACGACGUGCGCAGCAGCCUGGAGUUCGACCUGCGCAUGGGCUACGACGACGUGGAGUGCAACGUGCGCCAGCAGGGGCUGGGCCGCUACCUCAACGACGUCGUCAUCCAGCACCACGACACCAUCGUCACCAGCUCCGACUUGGGCUUGGCCGUCACCUGCCAGUACGACCUCACCAACAAGAGCGUGUCCAACGAGGUGGACCUGGGCGUGCACGGCGACGUGCGGCCCGCGCUGUCCGAGGAGGUGAUCGUGGACUCGCCCAACGUCGCCAUGAAGAUCACCGACCGCUACGGCAGCGACCUGCUGCCGUCCGCCGAGGUCGGCGACCCGCUGGCGCUGCGCUUCGAGAUCCUCGACAAGAACAGCCCCUACGAGAUCUUCGUGCGCGAGCUCGUCGCCAUGGACGGCGUCGACUCCAGCGAGAUCAUGCUGCUGUCGCACUUCGACGCCUUCAAGUUCCCGUCGUCGGAGGUGGUGCAGUUCCGCGCUCUCGUCACCCCGUGCAUGCCCAGCUGCGAGCCCGUGCAGUGCGACCAGGAGGACUCGACGGGCGAGUUCCGCUCCGUCACCUCGUUCGGCAAGCGCCGCCGCCGCCGCGCCACCUCCGCCGCUUCGAGCUCCCCGCGCGACGACAUGCUGCUCGUGCAGUCCAUCAAGAUCACCGACAAGUUCGGCUUCGAGCGGCCCGGCGCGCGCACGGCCAACGCCACGCACGACAACAGCGCCGUCUUCGUGGCGACGGAGCUGCCGGGCGGCGCGGCAGCGGCGGGCUUCUGCGUCAACGCCGCGGGCAUCAUCGUGGCCGGCACCGUCUUCCUGGCGCUGCAGCUGGCCGUCAUCGCCGCCUGGACCUUCGUGUGGCAGCGCCGCCGCCAGCUCAUGAAGCACCACAACGACGCCAUGUCGGUGAGCGUGAGCGUGCCCAGCGCGCUCAACGUGGCGCGCGCCGACAGCCUGUGCAAGCUGUUUCAUACACAGUCAUUUUACUCACCAAACUAG